CAGGAUCCUCGUUUCUGAAGCAAUAUGGCAGCUUUACAGACGAACCCUAAAUCACCAGACCUGAGCUUGUGGGUCUUCAUCGUUUUUCUCAGCCUUUUUCCUCAAGCCAGGGCAGUCAUUGGACACAGAGACCCGCUGCCUGAUGACAGUAAAGACAAUAUUACUAUUUUCACCCGGAUCCUUGACAGGCUGCUAGAUGGAUAUGACAACAGGCUACGUCCGGGGCUCGGAGAGAGUGUGACAGAAGUGAGGACAAACAUCUACGUGACAAGUUUUGGGCCAGUGUCCGACACAGACAUGGAGUACACUAUCGAUGUCUUCUUCCGUCAAAGCUGGAGAGAUGAGAGGCUUAAAUUUGAUGGUCCAAUGCAAGUUCUACCACUUAACAACCUGCUGGCCAGUAAAAUCUGGACUCCUGAUACCUUCUUUCACAACGGGAAGAAAUCUGUGGCCCACAAUAUGACAACGCCUAACAAACUGCUACGACUAGUUGACAAUGGCACGCUUCUCUACACAAUGAGGUUGACCAUCCAUGCAGAGUGCCCAAUGCACCUGGAGGAUUUCCCGAUGGAUGCACACGCCUGUCCUUUGAAGUUUGGAAGUUAUGCGUACACCAACAAUGAGGUGAUCUACUUGUGGACCCAAGGAGACGAGAGAUCUGUCUCUGUGGCAGAGGACGGCUCUAGGCUUAACCAAUAUGACUUACUGGGUCACGUCAUUGGCAAAGAAACCAUCAGUUCCAGCACAGGAGAAUAUGUCGUGAUGACGACAUAUUUCCAUUUGAAACGGAAAAUUGGCUAUUUUGUGAUUCAAACCUACCUUCCGUGCAUCAUGACUGUCAUACUGUCUCAGGUGUCCUUCUGGCUUAACAGGGAAUCGGUUCCUGCCCGCACUGUGUUCGGGGUCACCACUGUUCUAACCAUGACCACUCUGAGCAUCAGUGCUAGAAACUCCCUCCCUAAGGUGGCCUAUGCCACAGCCAUGGACUGGUUCAUGGCUGUCUGCUAUGCCUUUGUCUUCUCUGCCUUGAUAGAGUUUGCCACAGUCAACUACUUCACCAAACGCAGCUGGGCGUGGGAUGGGAAAAGAGAGGGCAUGGAGAUAAGGGAACCGUUUCAGGCUAACAUGGCCAGGAUUAAAGAUAUGAGAAGAGAAUCUGCCACUUUGUCCAAAAAGGCAAACAACACCUUCAACAUCGUCGGGACCACCUACGGUAUCAACGUCGCAAAAGAUCAAGGGUUAACCACCAUUGCUAAGAGCGCCCCGGGACCUUCAGCCAAACACUCCUUUCUGCAUAAAAUGGACGACCCCUAUACAGAGGCUAAGAAAUCCUACAACCGCGUCAGCAAAGUGGACAAGAUAUCUCGCAUCAUUUUCCCAGUUCUCUUCUUCAUUUUCAACUUAGGCUACUGGGCUACAUAUGUCAACAGAAAGCCCGCCAUCAUGAAGGCAAACAACCUAAACUGAAUUGAACCAAAUGUCGGCUUUGAAAGAUUAAGAUAGGUUUGCAUUAAGCCAAGUCCAUCACAUCUUAACGUGGGUGGGUGUGUGUGUGUGUGCGGGCGCAUGUUUUGCGUGUCUGUGUUUUUUUUCUUAAACAUUUGAUAUUUUUUGCACGGCUGUGUCGUUGGGAGGCUAGUUUCCAUCACAGUCGGGACCUGGGAGGAAGCGCAUUCUCUCAUCAGCCUGUGUUUGUGCAGCGUUUCUUUUUCUCCACAUUCACUGUAGCUCUGGCCCUGUUCCCUGUUGUGGUUAAUCCUUUGCUGUAUCUCGAUUGCUUGCCGUUUUGUACUGUAGUCAAAUCGUGCGUCCACCGUUUCGACAUGUUUGGGUUUUUGCUUAUGAUAAGUUAGCACAAGCAUGCAUUCGCUGUUUUCAUUGUAACUCAUUACCAGUGAUAAGGCGCUGACACACUGUACGCACACAGACACACACUGAUAGUGCAGAAAGCAGAAGGAAAGCCAUUUGCUGGCCCCUUUAUUGUGCUCUGUUAGCUGGGGCAGCCUGUAUAGUUUUAUAGGAACAUCAUUAAUAAUUGUCAGAGUCUGGCCUUCAGCUUGCGCUGAAUCUUAACACACACAAUGCGGCCUCAAAGGGCUGCCUGUACAUUUUCUAGUCCACUGGCUUUUAAUUGUUUUAACUGGCUGAUUAUGUGUAACGACAGAUAAUAUAUGUGCCUUGGUGAAUACACUCAUCAUAAAGAAAAGGAGUUGGACAUGCUCACGUUUGCAUUUCCAGAACAUUAUGCAUAACUACAGUGUUUUGCAAAUGUAUUUUCUCUCCUUAAAUAUUUCCAAGUAAUAAUAACAAACCUUAUUGAGUUUUAUUAAAAUUUAAAUGUAUGUCAGCACAAAGUGGUCCAGGAUUGUCACGUGGAAGGAAAAAUAUACGUGCUUUUCUUUUUCUUUUUUAAGGUUUAUUAGAUUUUUUACUUUUACUGCAGCUUACAGCAGCUUGUCUGCUAGGUUGUUUUAUCAUAGCAAAAACUCAAAGUCUGAUUGGCUGCAGCAUGCCUACAAACCUUUAUUUUUCAACUUUGGAAAUUCUACUUCAGGAUUUCCAGUCAGAGUUUAAUCUUAUUGGAAAUCCCAAUAAGAUUAAACUCUGUGUUUUAAAUGGAUAAAUCUAUGACGAAGUAUUAGGGCCAGGCUAGAGAUUUUUUUCAUGUUAAUUUGAGAAUUAAUUCAGAAUAUUAUGAGAAUAAUGUUGUAAUAUUCCAAGAAU